CUUCUUUAUUCUACUUCUUAAUUCAUCACACAGACGGACACCGAAAGAGAGAGAGAGAGAGAAACGACAGAGGCAGUCGUCCUCAGGAUCUAAUUCAGAAUGAAUAUCCACCAUGUUCUGUUCUUCUGCUUCUUACCAGCUCAGCUGCCGCUCGGCGAGGUCACAGGAAGUAUCGUUGCAGCUUUUACCACUUUUCCUACAACCAGAAAGCAGCAUGAGCAGCAGUCGACUGAGGAAACAACAGCUACAGAUUACUCGCUGGUUGUCGUCAUAUGUGUGACACUGGUUUGUGUUGCACAGUUGGCUGUUUUUCUCCUACAGAUGCUUUACAAAUGGAGGUCCAAGAAGGAAACAGAUGGUUUGAACAAUGAGGAAACAGACAGCAGAAACAUGGAGUUUGCCACCUAUGAAAACUUGGGUCCCCUCUCCCGAUGUGAAGACUCCACCUACCAGAGUCUCGACUUUGCCAGCAGGGAUCAGGACCAGAUCUACUCUACACUCCCACAGGAUGUGUAUAGUUGCUGAAUGGACACUUUUUUAUAUAAAGCUCAGAAGUGUGUUUGGUUCUUCCUUCAUCUGAUUUACUUUACGCUGAACGAUAACGAGUGGGACUAAGUUCCUUUACAAAUAUAAGCAGAGUAAAAUCUCAUUAUUUUCUCGAUUUAUCUUUUUUCUGUUAAAAAUAUCAGAAAAUAGAAAAAACUGUUGGUCGUUAGUUUCCUAGAGCUUCAUAUCGCCACAGUUGACAAGCUGAAGGCGGCAGAUUUCAAAAGCAGAGGCCGUAGGGGGAUACAUUCGAAAUACUUGAACCAAGGUACCAACAUCAUCAUGCUAGCAUGUCGAGAUAACGUUGCAAAAUUGGGCGAAAUAUUGGCGAUGGAAAAAAAUGUUCAAGGCAUUUGAAAGGGAUUCCCUGACCUCUGAAGUCAACAUAUCUGAAUGAAAAUGGAUUUUAUGGGUAUCAACAAGUCUCCCUUUUGCAGACAGUUUCUACUACUCCCAUGCUGUUCUUUUGCAUGUGGUAUAAUAAUAUACCACAUGCGUAUGGUCAAUAAACACUGUUGGAAUUGCAUACAUUGGGAAUUGGGACAUAAGUUGGUGCUCCUCUUGUGCCACCAAAAUCCCCUGAUUGUACGGUGGCCCUGAGAGCUCACAUUGUCAAAUUGUUGAAGAUUGUUUGCAUGUAUUUUAUGAAGUGUCAGUGAGCUCUCAGGGUCCCUGUGGUAUUUGACACAAACUUACAUUGUGACCUAGUGAGGAGAGCGCUUGAUGAAAAGUCAAACAAUCACCAAAGUGCAAUACUCCAGUUCAUCCUGAGGAGGGACGUGUGUAUACCAAAUCAUUAUCAUUCAUUUAUUUAACAUUUCACUCGAAAUCACAAAUCCCAACCUCAUGCUGCUGCGCAGAGGAAACGUCACAGGAUCACCAAAGUCACCUGGGAACCAUGAAGGUCAACCGGGGUGCCAGUCCACUGAGUAAAAACCAGUCACUCACUACGGGAUUGAGACUGACGGCAACUGGUGCCAAACACACUUCAGUUUCUUUAAAUAUAAAAAGUCACAAUUUGCUGCUGACAAGAGGAAACACACAGUUCUUUUUUAUUUUUUUGCAGAAUUGCCCCCUGUACCCAAAAAAGAUCAACCACUUCCUGUUUCCCUUCUUCGUUCUACGUUUCCUUUACGUUAAAAAUACAGGGUGAAAAGUGUGGCUCAGACGGAGAACAGAGAUGGUGCUAGAGCUAAAAUAUGUGUUGGUUAACUUUUAGUAUCACCGUUUUUUUUUUUAUCUGAUGUGUUUCUGAAACAGGAUGUUGAAUGUAUGAAUGGGAUAUCAGUCUGGGAGAGAAGUUUGAGGAUGUCAGGGGAAAGGAUCAUUUAAAGAACUGAGAUAUUAGUGUUUGUCCAGGUACAUGUACAACUACAUGUAAGGUGUGUCACUAUUUACAAUAAUAAUAACUGUUAAGAGGAAGCCACAGAGGGUUUUUUUUAAAAUGCUUACGAAAUCGAGAUGUUGAGUAAGAGUUCAGUUCUAAGAAUGAGGGGGAGCGAGAGUGGAGGGAGCAUGUUUGAAAGUUGUUUAUUGAGGAACUUUAAACUUCAGACAGACGGAGAAAGUCGGUCAGUUCUCCUGGAGUUUAAUGAUUUUUUAUUUGUUUUCAAAUGAAAAUGAACAUCCAUCAUUUCCUGUUCUUCUGCUUCUCAUCAGCACUAUUUGACGGAGGCGCUGGACUCGAUCAAUCCCAACUUUUUAAAAAAAUGAAAGGCGAAGAUUUCAGAAAUUCAUUCGCCUUUCAGGCCCCGACAGGAAGCAGGAUGUACCUGUGUAGGAAUGACUGCAAAAAGGAAGACGUCGUCGUGGAAACAAGCGGGAACAGAGCUGUGAGUGGCAGAUACACCAUUAGAUACGACAGGGCUGAGAAUAAAGUGGUGGUGGUCAUCUUGGGGCUGACCCAGUCUGACGCGGGGUUGUACACGGUCGGUGUGAGUGGGUCAUCACUCGGUCCGUACAGGUUCGAGAUUAAAGUUAAAGAAAUAUGUGAUAGAGCUAUCUUGGGCGAGCCCAGAGUCCACAGCGCGACCGAGGGAGGAAACAUCACAAUCACGUGCCACUUGUUUUCACAGCAGCUAAACAGGAAGUUCUUCUGUACGGAGGAAUGUAACACUUUUCUCAUUGACACCAAUAACGUGGAAGCUAUGAGUGACAAAUACAUCAUCAUAUACGGGAGCAAUAUGUUUAAAGUGACCAUCACACAGCUGACCAAGUCUGACUCAGGGCGGUACCAGUGCGGCGUGGGAAGACUGGGUGUAAAUGAAUGCCAGAAGUUUGAGAUCACAGUGACAGGAGGUGUCAGGUUGCGUCCGGUUGUUUAUUCGAUUGUGGUUAUCGUGCUGUUGGUCGUUUGUUUACUACUCGUCCACAAAUGGAAGACAACAAAUGUUGACUAUGUGAACACCAGGGGAACUGAGAGAAACAUGGAGAUUUCCAUCUAUGACGACUGUUGUGCAGUGUCCACACAUGAAGAACCAGUCUACCAAGAACUUGAUCCGUGCAGCAGUGAUCACAACGUGUACAGUUCACUGGAGGAGUAAUCGAUUACAGUAUUCAGAUAUCAGCAUGUUUUCAUUCUUCAGUCAAAUCUGAACACACACAAACAACUGAAGUGACGCAACCAGACGCAAAAGAUUUAAUGCUUUUUAUAGUGUAUAUUUUCUUACAUACAUCUAAGUUUCAAUAAAGUCUUUUAUGGUGUA